GGCCUUCAGGCUGCAGUCCUUAAACUACUUGCUCCAAAGUAGUCAUGUUGACUUCAUAAUGGGGCUAUUCUGGAGUAGCUGUUUUUGAGUAUCUCCUCCUAGUUUCAUAUGCAGGGAUAUGUUUUGCUGCCUUGGCUGUUAAAGGGUAAACCUUACAUCUCAGAAGCAUCACUGAAAUGGCUCUGUGCCUUCUGCAUUGACGACUCCUCCCGCAGACUAAGCAACCAGUACCUGAUCAGGGAUCACAUGGCUGUCCAUUACAAUAAAAUACUUUCAGCUAAAGCUGCUGUAGACUGCUCAGUACCAAAAAGCAGGUUAAACAGCAUAAAACUUUCAGACCAGCAGCGAAGAGAGAAGCUCAAGAAAGAAGUUGAAAAAUGUGAAAGGGAGAUGAUUUCAUCUAAAAAUGAGUCCCGAUCUAGUUCCAGGGAGAGUAAAAGACCACUGUCAGCCACCUAUAGAAAAGAUACCUUAGAAGCAGAAGACAACAUUGGGCUACCCUCGUGUACACCUAGUGAACAAAGGUGUGUGUUGGGCCCCCAGGCAACUCCAGAGAGGCAAAACACAUCCCUUCCAAAUGCUGCGAAUCCUGCCAGGAAAGAUGCUCCGAAAGCCUCCAACAUCUCAGACCCAAGCUCAUGUGCCAGUACACCGAGUCUCCAGAGGUUGCCCUCCAAAAUUUCAUCCAACUCUUCUUCCGACAGCAUUGCAAACAAGCAUCUUCACAAGGCCCCGAACCCUGAACCCAAAGUGUGCAGCGGGGAUCUCCUUGACAAGCACUCUGAACAUUUCACCAAUGCUCGGCAGCCAUUCACUCCACGCACUUUGAAAUCGGAUGCUAAGUCCUUCCUUUCGCAGUACCGAUAUUAUAAGCCAGCAAGACAGAAAAUAAGCAAUAUCACCAAGCAGGUGGAAGCAGAAACACAGACCGACAUAAGCAGUUUUCAAGUGGCGUCUGAAGGGUCAGAAAAAAGUAAUAUGGCUGACUUUCAGAAGAUGAUAAAGGAGGUGGAAGACAAUGCAGAUAACAAGGCUGAUGAAAUGAAGUCUUUCCCCCAGUUCUCCUCACCAAGGGUGACGUCACCGUCUUCUGCGCAGUCCCCAACGAUGAAAAGAAUCCAAGCUGAUUUUCAAGUGGCGUCUGAAGGGUCAGAAAAAAGUAAUAUGGCUGACUUUCAGAAGAUGAUAAAGGAGGUGGAAGACAAUGCAGAUAACAAGGCUGAUGAAAUGAAGUCUUUCCCCCAGUUCUCCUCACCAAGGGUGACGUCACCGUCUUCUGCGCAGUCCCCAACGAUGAAAAGAAUCCAAGCUGAAGAAGAAGAACUUCUGUAUUUAAAUUUCAUCCAGGACAUAACAGAUGAGAUCCUUAAGCUCGGAUUGUUUUCCAACAGGGCUCUGGAAAUGUUAUUUGAGCGUCACAUAGAACAAAAUAAGAACCACCUGGAUGAGACCAAAAUGCGCCACCUGCUGGAGAUUCUGAAAGUAGACUUGGGCUGCAGCAAGGAGGAAAAACCUGCGGGAGGCUUGGACAUGUUUGGUCUGCGCAGGCCUGAGACAACUGAGCACCGCCAGCAUCGCAGCAAAGCUCAAAGACAAAACAAGCCAGCGAAAAGCGAGGUGCUGUUAAAAGCGGUGGAUUUAAAUGGAAACGAUCCCGCUGUAUCUCCCUUACAGAGCGAUGACUCUGAGAAGGUGGAGGGCAAGGCUGGCUUCCCCCCAAAUCUGAGCGAACCAGUGAGCAUGGGGCUGGAUCCUUCCUCCUUUGUGGUCACCGAUGAAACUGCAGAUACCUCGUGCACGUUGCCGCCGGCACUCAGCUCAACCACCUGCGAUGCUGACUUUGAAACGAGCGACUCUUUGAGGGAAGUUGAUGAGCUCAAAGAAAGCUUUGCAGAAUCGCUUUCCAUCUCCACCGACAACACGCUGUAGGACUAGCAGCAAAGC